UUGACAGUGAACGUCGGGCGUGUUGAACGUCUGCAAUCCAACAGAACUCGCGCAACUCUCACAAGUCUCUGCACCUGAGUGGAUGUGGGUUUGCUUACGGUCCCGGACUGCGUGCGGAUCUUGUCAGCCCAACCGAACCGAACCGGGGAGGAAAAGGAACCGGAGCACGAGUCAAGUCUGUUACCGAUGGGCCGCUGUGACCGGUGAUGGCCCCGUGAUGGCGUCAGGAGAUGGCGCUGGCGAUGGUGGUCAUGGCGACGCUAGAUGCUAACACGGCGGUGGAAACGCUUCUGGCCGCCAUCCAUUUGGAGAGGUACCACUCCUCCUUCCAGAGAGCCGGGCUCCUAUUGGCCGCCGAUGUGGCCCACUUGGAUCACGACGCGCUGGUCAGCCUGGGAAUCACGGCCACCGGACAUCGCAAACGGAUCCUGAGACUCCUAUCGCAAGUCCAGAGGCGGUUAGCUCAGGGAGCCAAUCAGAGAGCGGCGCCUGAGCGACACCAUUCCGCGACGGACCUGCCGUCGUCUUCUCCACCACCAUCGUCGCACACGACCUACGGCUUGGAAGCCUUUAGGAACUAUUCAGCUCCGGACCUGUCCGCCAUGCUGAAGCCGGUGCCCAAACCCAGAACGGUUUUUAACCGGAGGCGCACUGCGCCGGUUCACUUCCACCCCCCUGCGCCUGACGUCGUGCUGUCGCCGCACAGGAGACUCUCCCAAGAGUCCGUCUGCUUUCCGCUUUUAGACGGCAUCAACUCACCUUUGUCCGAGUCGACGCCCGUCGGCAGAUCGGACGUUUCCCUGCCGCCCGUUCCCCCGAGGGUCGUCCGUCCGGUUCAGCCCCCGUUGCCCUCUACUCCCACACAAGCGCACGACAACCAACCGCGUCCCGCUUCCUCUUCACCUACGUCUCUUGGUCGCCAUGACGAUGGCAGGACGUCCUUAUCCUCGCGGUGGUCCGGCUCGAGCAGGAUGGAGAUGAUCUCCAAUGACAUCUACUGGGGCACCGUGGGGUCUGCCCCUCCGACGCCGCCUCGACAUGCAGCUGACAAGAACCGUAGGGACCAGAGAAACAGUGGCGGCACUUCAAGCAACAACUCGUCAGAAUCAGUCAGAGACGACCCUGUCGACCUUGACGACGUCAUCAGUCCCUACUGUGAAACUCUUUUCCAAAGAGGCGGAGUCAACACGUUUGGCAGCGAAAUCGACAUCAGACGAGACGGCGAAAGCAGGAGGCGGGAGGGGGAAUUUGCCGAGCAUCAUGGGUGCGCGCCAGACGGCGACGAGGACCAGACCAUCUCGCCGUACGCCAGCUACACCUCCCUCAGCGACAGGGCCGCCACGCCCGUCAUCAGUGGAUGGCUGGACAAACUGUCGCCGCAGGGGCUUGAAAGUUCAGCACACACUCUCGUCGUGCGUGUCGUCAUUUUGGUCCUGUCCUGUGUGUCGUGGUCGUCUUCGUCCUUCUCCUCUUCCUUCUUGACUGGGAACUACGUUUUCCAGAAGCGCUUCGUCAAGUUUGACGGCAAAAAUCUCAUGUAUUUUGGAAACGAGAAGGACGCGUACCCCAAAGGAGUUGUCCCGUUGGCUGCUAUCCAGAUGGCCCGCCCCUCCAAAGACAACAAAUUUGAAAUUGUGACAAGUCAGCGGAUUUUUGUUUUUAAGGCCGAUAACGAAGUGCUGAGGCGGCGUUGGGUGUCCACGCUGCAGGACCACGUCCGAGACCAGCUGGUAUUCGGGCGGCGCUGGUUGGGUCCCGGUCCCCACUGUCAGAAACACGGCUUCCUGGAGCUGAAAGGAACCAAGUCGAAAGUUUACGUCGCCCUCAACACGGAGCAGAUUUGGCUCCACAAAAGCCAGCAGUGUUUUCGUACCGGGAUCGGCAUCACGGUGAUCGAGGCCCGCGGCGCCACCAUCCGAGAUGGGAAAAACAAGAGUUUCGACCUCAUCACUCCCUACAGAACUUUCAGCUUCACGGCCGACUCGGACCGGGAGAAGCGGGACUGGAUGGAGGCGCUGCAGGAGGCCAUCGCCGAGACCCUGUCGGAUUACGAGGUGGCGGAGAAGAUCUGGUCCAACCGCUCCAACCGCACGUGUGCCGAUUGCCAGGCCGUCAACCCCGACUGGGCUUCCAUCAACUUGUGUGUGGUCAUCUGCAAGAAUUGUGCCGGUCAGCACAGAGGUUUGGGCACCAUGAUUUCCAAAGUCCAGAGUCUGAAACUGGACACCAGUGUGUGGAGCAACCAAAUUGUGCAACUCUUCAUCAUGCUGGGUAACGAUCGCGCCAACGAGUUCUGGGCCGCCCACUUGUCCCAGUCCGAUGAGCUGGACUGCGACGCGUCGCCGAGUCAGCGGCGAGAUUUCAUCGGUCAGAAGUACCGGGAAGGACGCUUCCGACUGGACCAUCCCGCUUUCAGCAGCCAGGAACAGCUGCUCAAGGUUCUGUGUUCGGCGGUCUCUGAGCACACACUCCUCAAAACUGUCACUCAUAUCUUCUCUGAGGCCAGAUCCAUUUACCUGACAGCCACAGCACACGGACAGCAACCAACGAGAGAUCUACCUGAUCACUACCCCGCAUCGGAUCCAGGCGUCUACGACGAGAUCAUGAAGACCAUCCUUCAUUCGGGCUACCUUUUCAAAUCCAAUUGCACCAGCAGAGGGACGCUGUCUCGCCGUUCUCGAGAAGACUUUCAGAAGUUCUGGUGCUCGGUGGAUCAGUCACUGUUCCUGUACCAGACGUCGCGAUCGGCAGAGCCGUGCGUGGAGUUCAACCUGAAGGACGUCGUGUGUUUGGGAGUGGGCCGACCCGACUCGUCCAACAGCAACAACAACAACGGCUUUGUGGACAGGUUCCGGUACACCUUUGAGUUAUAUUUGACCUCGGACAAAGUCCAUCAGUUUGGUGUGGAGACGGCCGAGGUUCUGCACAGCUGGACCAGUGCCAUCGGGAAGGCCGCGACGCCGCUCAGCUGUCACUGCCUGCUGACUCGGGAGUUUGAACGCAUCGGACGCUUGCAGUACCGAGCCAUGUUGGACCCUCAGCAGUGGAAGGAGGCGUACUUUGUCCUGCAGAAGUCCAACCUCUUCAUCUGUCCGCAAAACGACGGCGCCGCAGAAGACAUCAUCAACCUCAAGCGUCUCCAGGAGCUGAGUGUCGCUUCGGAAGGCCAGAGCCACGAGAAGAAAGAAAUUCUGGUUUUGGUGGAGAAGGGCAGGACGUUCCACUUGCGGGGCGUGGGCCGCACCGACUUCAGCUUGUGGUAUUCGGACAUCCAGCGGGCCGGCGGCGGGAAAGGAAACGCUCUGCGAGAGCAGCAGCUGAGCAGGAACGACAUCCCCAUAAUUGUGGACAGCUGCAUCGCCUUCAUCACGCAGUACGGUCUGAGCCACGAAGGGAUCUACCGCAAGAACGGAGCCAAGUCCAGGAUCAAACUGCUCAUGGAGCAGUUCCGGAAAGAUGCUCGCAACGUGAAACUGCGCAUCGGAGACCACUUUAUCGAGGACGUGACCGACGUCCUCAAGCGCUUCUUCAGGGAGAUCGACGACCCCGUCUUCAUGGCCGACCUCCACCCGCUGUGGCAGGAAGCCGCCAAAACCCAGUUGAAGGUUUCCAGGUUAGACCGCUACAAGGAGAUCAUCCGGACUCUUCCGCGGGUCAACCGGAUGACGCUGGCUGCCCUGGUGAGCCACCUCUAUAGGGUCCAGAAAUGCGCCGACCUGAACCAGAUGUGCACCAAGAACCUGUCGCUGCUCUUUGCUCCCAGCCUCUUCCAAACGGACGGCAAAGGAGAGCAUGAAGUGAAGAUCAUGGAAGAUCUCAUUGACAACUACUUGUAUGUUUUUGACAUCGAUGAAGAGCACCAGAAUCAGAUGGAGUUGGAGAUCAGUCUCAUCACUUCCUGGAAGGACACUCAAUUGUCUCAGGCGGGAGAUCUGAUCAUCGAGGUCUACCUGGAGACGAAGAUGCCCGACAGCUGCAUCACCCUUAAAGUGUCGCCCAACAUGUGUGCAGAGGAGCUGACCAAUCAGGUUCUCUAUAUGAGGAACGUCCCACCUGGUGACAAAGAUGUCUGGAUGACAUUUGAGGUUAUCGAGGAUGGAGAGCUGGAGCGUCCGUUGCAUCCCAAAGAGAAAGUUCUGGAGCAGGCGCUGCAGUGGUGCAAGAUGGACGACCCCAGCUCCGCCUAUUUUGUGGCGAAGAGGGUCCCGAAACGGGACGGCAUCGACAUCCUCACCUCCUACAAGAGCGACCUGAUGAAGGUCGGCGUGCUGAGGUGUCGCGAGGAGACCCCCAAACUGCUUCAGGGAAACAAAUUCCAGGAGAGAAGCUUCCAGAUCAAGAACAACAAACUACUGUUGCUCAAAGACAAGAAGAGCUUCAAAGCGGAGAAGGAGUGGCCGCUGAAGACCAUGAAGGUCUACAUGGGGGUCCGCAGGAAACUCAAAGCGCCAACAAGAUGGGGCUUCACCGUGAUGUCACACAAAAAUCAACUGUUCCUUUGUUGCCAGAGUGAGGCCGACUUGUGGGACUGGGUGGGCAGCUUCCUCAAAGCUCAGAACGACGAGCCGGGCCCUCCCGUCUUGCGCCGCCACUCUUCGUCCGACAUCGCCAAGCAGAAGUUCGGCACGAUGCCGCUGGUGCCCAUUCGAGGAGAUGACAGCAACCAUGGCAUGCUCUCGGCCAAUCAGACACUGAGGAAACUUCACGACCGCAGGACGCUCUCCAUGUACUUUCCCAUGAAGGUCCAGCAGGACAGCGCCGAGGAGCGUUCUGAUUCGCCGGAGCCGCUCUACGAGGAGGUGGGCGACUUUGGGCUGCAGGUGCUGAAAUCCCUGGAAAACAGCUUCCUGUCCAGCGGCGACGGCCACAAGCAGGAGCCCCGGGACACGCCGGAGGUCCGGCCGCUUCCAGCCCCUCACGGAGUCGCUGACGCGCAAACGGCGUCUUGUCCGCAGGCCGGCUGCACGCCGUCUCAAGAGCUCCUGCUGCAGGAAAUGACGUCGGCGUUCGCGAGGAAGGCCGACCAAAAUGAAGGGGAGGAGCAACGAGAGGAGGAGCAGGAGCUCAGAGUCAUUUGACUGACACCAGAAACAUAUCAACGGGUGUGAUGGCAGAAGGUGGCCUGCAGAGGGCACUGCUGCACUCUUAAUGUACAUGACCUGUGGAAUGUGAGGCACACACACGCACACACACUCAUCAUGGGGACUGUUUUGGAUGAAGGCAACAGAAGUUGACACUAUUCAUAAAUUGCAUAAUAAAUGUUGCGGCUGUCGAACUCA